AGCGUUCUGGUGAGAAGGGGAAUAAAAAAAGACAGGAGACCGGGGGCAGCCAGCUCGAAACGGCGUGCAACACCGAGCCAUGGAGGGCGAUGUGCGUGUCCGAGCUGUGGUGAUGACACGUGACGACUCUAGUGGUGGCUGGGUGCCCCUUGGAGGUGGUGGCCUUAGCCACAUAAUCAUCUGUAAAGGGAGGAGCACGGAAAGCAGAGGACGGAAGGAGUAUGUCAUUCGUGGAGAGCGGCUGCGUGAUCGAGCACCUGUGCUGGAAUGUACCAUCCAGAAGGGUUUGGUAUACAACAAGGUAAACCCCAUCUUUCAUCACUGGCGUGUGGAAGAGAAGAAGUUUGGCCUAACAUUCCAGAGUCCAGCUGAUGCCAUCUCAUUUGAGAAAGGUCUUCAAACUGUCAUUGACAAAAUUGACAGAGGCUCAGAGUCACCUUCUUCCUCCACACCAGAAGAGGGAGACACUGAAGAUGAUGGUCAAGCUUCUCACACAGGCAGUGAGUCGUCCUCGAACAGCAGGAAGGAGAUGUUGCCCAAGCCCAUCACCAUAGUAACUAGUGAGUCCUCCUCUACUUGCUUUGUGCGCUCUUCAGCAGAGGAGUAUGGGUAUGGGGAAGGGCAUGCUAUCACCUCCCAGACUGCUGUUCAGGUCCACAUUCGACCCCGCCAGCACCAUCUUUCCCAAGUGUCAGCUGUGUUGAAUCCUCCAGCCCCUCCUCCCCCUCCUCCUGCACCACCUACCUCCCCUCUGGCACCACCAGUCUCUUCACCCUUGUCCCCACUUUCACCUACCAUGACUCUGAUGGAGGAAGGUGACCUACGCAACAUUGAUCCUUGCAAGGACUUAUGGGGCUCGCGGGGUUAUGAGGAUUAUCGGCGAGCUGGGGCCACAAGGACCAAGGUUGGGGGACUGACCGGUGGAGUUGUGGUCGGAGGGGGUUCAGACAAGACAGAGCUAUGUGUGGUGCACUUUGAGAAGGAGCUUACUGGAAUAGGCACUACAGGCUGUGAGGUCACUGUUAUGCUUGACACCAAAGGUGCCCAGCAUCACUCCUCCUCACCAACCUGCAUACCCAAUGCUAUGCCAGGAGUGUCUUCCACAGGCAGCUCCCCACAGGACACAGGUAAAGGCUCACCCUCACCAUGCUGCAUACAUACUUCACUCGCCACACCCCAUUCACGGACUCGUAAAAGAGGAGGCAGUGGAACCAGUGGUGGUGGAGAUGCCAUCUCACCUGAUGAUGACAGCCCAUGUCCACAGGGAUCGUCCUCCUGCUCGUCACGCUGUGUGUACUGCCGCUCGGUGUUCAGUGCCUCAGAAAAUGGUCGUGGCCGCUGUCGGGAUGCUCCAGACCCAGCCCUACACUGCUUGCACCAGUGGACAUGUGUGUGGUGUGCUGAAAGCCUGCUUUAUCACUGCAUGUCAGACUCCGAAGGUGAAUUUUGGGAACCUUGCUCAUGUGAGGACUCUAUAGGCCAGAGGCCACACCCACUUUGCUGCGCACGCUGGAUGGCACUGGUGGUUUUGUCACUAUUUGUGCCCUGCAUGUGCUGCUACCUACCCCUACGUGCAUGUUUGCGUUGUGGGGAGAGAUGUGGCUGCUGUGGUGGAAAGCACAAGGCCGUGCGGUGAGAACUGGCUGGGUAGGAGGUCAGGGAGGGGUCAUUUUGAUUGUGAAUGAGAGGAAAGGGAGCACAACGUCGUGUUCCGUUUGCAAAAAGAGCCGUGAAGCCAGAAUUAUUCGACCAUUAUGAUUUAAAAAUAUAAUUAUCCU